AUGAAGGCACUCAGUCGUCCGCAGGGAUGGAUGAUGGCUUUCCUCUGCACUGUGCCACUUUCGAUCAGUUUCCUGGUGAGUGGUAUCUCCGAACCAGGCCACAAAUGCGUAUGCGCAGCGGGCCUCUGGACAAAUCAAAUAAACACUCCACUAUCAAAGACAAUCCAACUUCUGCUUGACAUUCGUGUUCGUUUUGCCGAUCAUAAUCAUCCUCGACGUUCCGGCAUUGCGCGCAUUGUCAGUUGGUGUCUGCCGAAAACUAGAACAGACACUAUGCAGGAGACGAAGGACGUGGACGACCGCGGCCAAAAGGAAUCAAGUAUUUCCUAA